AUGUAUUGUGAUCGUCGAGAUUGCAUUCGCCAAAACGACAGCAACCCGACAAGCAUCGAGCCCACUGCCGCCUGCUUGACGCGAGAAGCGCCGGAGUCGCCGCCAGCACCGCGCUCAUCCCGAGGCUUUGACUUCAGCUGUGCAGUCUCGGUCCACGCGUCGCCUCGCCACAGCAGCGCGAACGACGACGCUCAAGUCGCGGACGAGCCAGACGAGCUUCAAGUCCGAGCCGCGCGAGACCCACAGCUCUCGCGCCGUGCCGAGCUCGAGAGCGACCAAUCGGCAGUGCUGGCUUGCAUCGAGACGCUACCUGACGACGAAGCGGCCUUCGCCCGUCUUGGCCAGAGGAGCAUCGCGAGCAGCUCGCAUCAGGCGUGCGGCAUGACGGCGGCGAAAACACGCUCAGCAAAGCACCGCGCGAGCGAGGCCGCGUCAGACGCCAUCAAGCAACGCAAGAAGCUCGUCGACUAUGCCGAUUCGGACGACGAGGACAGUCCCGACGACGGUGCGACCAGCGACUUCCUGGCGACGCUCGACGCUCGAGAUAGCCCGAUCGGCAGCGAGCAGCAGCGCCCGAGCUUCGUGCCACCGUUCGCGCACCUGGAGCGCCAGCCGAAACGCCUCUUAACGUGUGUCCUGCCCGUGCUCGAAGGCCUCGACGUCGUCGCCAAGAUGAUGUCGCCUGCGGUCUACCAUCGCAGUAUGAUGCGAGCUCUCGCCGCACUCCAGCACCACCCCGAGCGCAUAUGGAAAGCGCUCGUCCAGUGCCUCCGUGGCCACGCCCGGUCGCGUGGACGGCAGACGGAGCUUCGACUCGUCUCGCCACCACAAACGACCGUGCUACCGAAGUAG